GUACCCCCCGGGUGUUUUUGCUAGUGAUUUGGCUGGUUUUCAAUUGACCAGGUGUUUACAGACUUGUACGUGAGCCACCGCAAACCGACAACCAGCCUUUUAACCAAUCACAUCACUGCCGUAACAAUACCCAUGCAGUAUUAUAAUCUCAUGGGCAAGAAACAAAAGAAGUUAUUCCCUUUCCACCGUUCUUGUAAAAGGGAUAUGUCUAGGGUAGCGAAGUUAGCGCAGGAAAAAAACCAGCAUUCUCAACAAGUACAGGACAGCGAAGACUCUGAAAGCAAGCGAUGCGACCGCAAUCUACUGGAAAAGAAACGUCGUGAUAAAUUCAACGGCCUUAUCGACGAGCUUGCGUCCUGUUUGGCGGAUCGAUGUCAUACAAAGAGAAGUACAGAGAAGAGCUCCAUUCUGAAACUUACCAGUGAAUAUUUUCUUGAGCAGGAAAAAUUGGCGGCUGAAAAGGCCGCCAAUGAAUUGAUCAGAAAUGUGAAACCUCCUUUCGUUUCGGAUGACGAGUUCGAUUUUGUUUACCUGGAAUCGAUGGACAUGGUGGUGUUCGCUUUAGAUCAAACAGGGAAGGUUGUUUAUAUUUCAGACAAUGCACUGUCUACUUUAGGAUAUAUACCGGUACACAUCUUACAACGUGACGUGUUUGAAUUUAUUGAUGCACGGAACCAAUUUACUUUCCAGGGAAUGCUUUCCGUUUUGAAAGACAGCUCAGACAUUUGUCCCUCUGGUGAAAGUAACAUAACACGUUUUGAACCGUUUUGGUGUCAGUUUCGACGAGGUCCGUUCGGUCAAGGGGACGGUUUUGAAACAAUUUGCUGCUUUGGAGCAAUAGUAAGAAAUUUAUUGAGCAGGGAAAAUGAUGAAAAUUUCGAAGAAGUUUCCGAAUCCCUCAUUAUCCUAGCGAGGCCUUUGAACGUUCCAGUUGAAAAAACACUCCUCAAAGCUGAUGGCCGACAAACGAAAUUUACAUCAACAUUGAAUAUGGAAGCGAAAUACGAUUACCUGGACAAGCGCGUCGCCGCCGUCCUCGGCUUUUUCCCUUCGGAACUAAGUGGAAGUUCUUUGUAUGAAUUCUGCCACGUCGACGACCUGGACGAUUUGGUCAAAUACCAUAAAGUUUUGCUUUUAACGGGAAGAAUAACAACAAGUUAUUACCGUCAUAUGACAAAAGGACAAUCGUGGGUUUGGCUUCGGUCUCGCUAUCAUUUGUCUUACAGCGAUUGGACUUCCAAGCCCCAGGCGGUAACCUGUCUAACUUGGGUGGUUCCUUUCCGUGAAGUUUGCGCAAAACAAGCAGAGGUCCUGUCGCGUGACAAAGAGAGCUUCGCGCAGAUUUUAAAUGGUACAAACGGCAUAGAUGGAAAGUCGGCUUCUUCACAGAGCUCGAUGAAUUUGCCAGCGGUUGCUUCCCCGUGUUCGGAAAACGGAGCUGGAGAAAUGAUUCAAGCCCAGUUGAGAUCUAAAAGAACCAGCGCUCAAGAAUCAACUCGAAGCACGACGUCGGAAUCAUCGGUGGCUCGGACUCCUGGACCGGAGGAAACCCAGAGCAAUUGCGCAUUGUUGAUUCCGAGCUCAACUGAUAUGGAUGAUAACCAGCCCAUUGAUUUUCAAGAAAGCUUCCAGUUUUUAAGGAGCCUUGAUUUGCCAAUGGACCUAACAGGUGCUCAACAAUCUCUUCACCGAUUUCUGUUGGAAACAUACGUGCAAGUAAUAAACUCUUUUAACAAACAGGUGGAAGAACUCAGCGCAAUUCAAAAGCAAAUCAAGAUUCAAGGAGAGAUUCGCGACCUGGUAGAGCGACUCGAGAAGGAAAGAUCUUCAAAUGACGUCGGGAGUGAAUAUACCACGACCAAAGAGAUGCUUUUAAAAUUUGAAGAAAUGCGUCGAGUUUGUUUGGGUACAGAAGCUGUGAAACCCGCCUCCGAAAGUGCCGCCAUUUGCUCCCAGCGACUUCAAGAGAUUGUCGUUCAAAAUCGUCCUGAAGAGCUUGAAAGCUCUAUCACCUCAGAAACAAAUCAACAGAUGACAAAAGAAAUAGUUGAACAAAACCAUUCACCGAUGCAAGUGGAAGAGUCCAACUCCACACAAACGCGACCAGACAUUUUCUUCAAUCAAGAGCGCUGGCUUCAAACGCAAGCACAACAAGCUCAAAUUCAACAGCAAGCCCUUCUUGACAAUCGUUUUCAAGAGCUCGAAUACGCCGUCACUUCGGAAGAAAAUCAACAUAUGACCAACGAAGUAGAGGGGCCGAGAAAAUCACCCAUGCAACUGGCAGAACCCAAGUCCACACCAACUCAACCGAACAUUUUCUUCAACCAAGAAGGCUGGCUUCAGACGCAAGCCCGACAAGCUCACCCAGAACCAGAUAUUUCCUUUAACCAAGAGCGCCAGUGGUUUCAAACACAAACGCAACAAGUUCAACUACAACGGCAGGCUUUCCUUGCGCAACAAAUGAUCAACCCGCAAUAUCUACCGCAGGAACAGCUGAUGCUGUUUCAGCAGCCUCACUUGCUAGUUCAGCAAUUGCAUCAAAAGCAAUUGGAGGUAGAAGCUCCUCAGACAUUACAACAACAACAGCUCGAACAUUGUCCCAGCUCAACAGCUGGCAGCGUUUCGCUGCUAAUAAAUUCUCCGAACGCUGUCUCGCAACAGGGAACAUCAUCCGUUCAUAGUAGCAUGACAAGCGAACUCUCGUUGACAAGCAUUGCACAGCAGGAUUCUCCUCACAGUCCGAAUGAUUGUUUGUACGACUAUCAAUGGUUUUAACAACACUGUUCUGAACAUUCCAAACACUCUUAUCCAUAAUGCCUACAUAGAAAAUCUCCUUGCUGAUCUCACCGUAUUUUGCUGUUCUAGUUGAGAGAAUUCGCUUCUAUAUCAAUACAUUUCUCUUGGAGAUCCGCUCCUAAAUUCCCUUUCCCACUUUUAGUCUUUACGGUGUAAGAUGUAACUUUUCGAAGUAUUGUAAUUCUGACGUGUAAUGAAUUUGAAAAAUGUUACGCGAAAAUUGAUAACUAUUGAAAACGUGACAGACCAGUUUCGAUAUAUUAAAUUCUACCUUGGUUUUCGGAGGCUUGAGGGAUUGAAACAAAAGAAAUUAUUUAGUUGUCCCACGAUCCCGAUGUCUUUCUUUUGUUUUAAUCCUCCAAGCCACGGUACCAAUUUCAAUGGUUUUCUACGUCAUGGACAACAACCGUAUGACCCGGGGGAAGAAAAGAAGAGACGGGGGAUGGGGGAGAGUGGGGGUGAAAAUGGCGGUCCUGGUGCUGGAUACCGGAGGGGUAAUCCCCGCUGAUGUACCAGUUGAGUUCAUCAAUUGUGUCCAGUAAAUCAUGCCAGAAGGGUGCAUUUCGCGCUGCUGUUGACUUCAAUUUCUAUCCCCGUAAAAAUAAAAUAACCACGAAGCGCACACUAAGAUAAACUACUCACAUUUUAUGAAAGCGCAUUUCCAGAUAAAUAAAGUUUCACACAUUGAAAUGAAAUGUGAUUACAACAAAAAGCAAAAUAACAACAUACCUCUGCUCAAAAACUACUCGUGAUAUCUAUUUUUCUUUCAUUUUAACUUAAGUCCACGACACCUGUAACAUUUACCCCGCAUUUUACUGGGACAACCAAGGAAAUUAAAAUGGAAAACAUAGCCUUUCUCCGAUUUCGAGUGUUUAAAAAACACUAUCAUUAUUGUAUUCCUUAAGUCCACCUUUGGAAAAAAGGAAAUCCACAAAAACGUUCCGAAAUUGUCUCGAUAAAUGCGAAUUGCAUUGUGUAACGUUGUUUACCAACGAUAUUUAUUACAUCUGCUUUGAGCAAAGACAGAAACUUUAAGGGGCCUGUUACACUUAUCUGCGCAUGUGUACAAUUUUUAAUUUGUAAUUUGUGGAUGGUUCUCGCAGCAUGUUUUGCAUUGUGUGUGAAGGUCGUGAGGAAAUUUGAUGUCCUCAAAAGGAGGUAUAUGAAGUUGCUCCUUGCAUGUAAAGGCUCAAAGGCGAGUCAGUGGGGUUUUCCAAAGACAAAUUAAAGUUGAUUUCACAACCGCACGAAAAAGAAAAAAAGAAAAAAGCAAAACAUCCCGGAUGGCGCGUGGUACUGACUGCAGUGUCAAACUACAUGCGCAUUUACACUGUAAAACAGACCCUUUAAACCGAACAUACCUUUGACAGAAUUAAAUAAUUGAUAGUCGACUGGGGUUAAAAUAUAUGAAAAAUACGUUUUUUGUAUAUUUAUAUAGAGUACACGCAAAAUUGAUUUCCAUAUGUUCGCUGGCGUCCUUAACAUUAGUCCAUGAAAUGCAACCCCUACCACUCAGUGUACAUCGGUUUUUUGAGUUCUUAAACCGACGCCAACGGUCAUAAAGAAAUCGUUCUUUCCAGUCAUACGUUUUUUAGGCCCCGUCUAAACUGCGCCGGGAGGAAUUUGAAAACGCAGCUUUAUUUCUACGGUAAGGCCUGCCGUUCACACUAAUCCAGAACGAAAACGGAG